GGUGAGCAGCUUAGAUAAAGAAGAAAGAAAAAAUAGCACAAUGAAGCUUUUGAUCUUUAUUCUGUCAUCUUUGAUGUUCGUAAAUGGUGUACGGCGAUACUACCCUUAUCAACAGUAUGUGCAGUAUCCAAGCUAUUCAAGCUAUACGACACCGCAACGAUACUAUAGCUCCUCGUAUAGCCCAUAUGUUAUCAUACCAUGGCAGAGUCAAUUAUACCAACAAUUGACUCAAUAUCCGUAUUCCAUACCACAAUAUAACCAGAACCACGGAGGGUAUACAGCGCAUAAACCAUCAGGUCAUCAUCCUGUACCUCACCCUCAACCAGUACACCCCCAACCAGUGCAACAGCCAUCAGUACAACAGCCACAAGUAGUACAACAGCCAUCAGUACACCAUCCGCCAGUACAACAGCACCAACCAGUAGCAUAUCAACCAGUACAACAGCCACCAGUACAACAGCAAUCAGUACAGCACCAACCAGUAGCAUAUCAACCAGUACAACAGCCACCAGUACAACAGCAAUCAGUACAGCACCAACCAGUAGCAUAUCAACCAGUACAACAGCCACCAGUACAACAGCAAUCAGUACAGCACCAACCAGUAGCAUAUCAACCAGUACAACAGCCACCAGUACAACAGCAAUCAGUACAGCACCAACCAGCAGCAUAUCAACCAGUACAACAGCCACCAGUACAGCACCAGCCAGUAGCAUAUCAACCAGUACAACCAGUAGCAUAUCAACCAGUACAACAAAUUGUCACGGCUGAACCUACUGAAGAACCCACAACACAAAUAGCAGCCAGGAGCAUUAUGAGAUUUUCUCAUCCCCAUCAAAAUGCGGGUAGUAAGUACAUAUGGAGAUGGUUUCCCUUGCAGGGUGGAAAAUAGUGCGCAUAGCGGAACGAUAUGCCAAGCAGAGUGCAAGCUCGGAUUAGCACUGUUUGGGUACUGCAGUGGUGGUUUACAAUGUUGCUUAUGGAUUUAAAACUUUUGAUUGAUAAAAUGUAUAAACAGUUUUGAACUUCAAUAUAUUAUAUGUUGUCUAUUA